AUGAAUAAAGAGGAAGGGCUUCUUGAGAGGAUCGAGGACAAACUGCGGGAGCUGAAGUUCAGCAUCAACUCGGACGUCGUGCAAAGGAUUUCCGAGAUGUUCGUGAGCCAGGACAACACUGGUGAGGGUCUGGACAUGUUUGUCAACAGGCUGGCAGAAAACGGUACACUGACGAAGUUGCAGCUGAACUCCAAGGAAGGAGACAGGAAGGGAUUUGACGAGGAGUGGAGGGCAUCUCGGAGAAGUGGGGUUUAUUCGGAAAGAAUUACUCCGGAGACAUUCAGGCUGAACUACUAUCCAAAGGACGAGGAGACGAUCAGGUUUCUCAGCUCGAUACUUGUCAGCGACAUUCCAUUUGGGUUUCUGAAUCCUGAGCAGAAGACAAGGCUGAUCGAGUCGACGGAGCUGAUCGAGAUCAAGCGUGGGACGUUUGUUAUGCAUGAAGGAGAAAUUGGGUCGCAGAUGUACAUUGUUGCCAGUGGAGAGUUUGAGGUUACAAAAGGAGGGACGCUUCUCAGAAAGCUGACGAAGGGAUGCUUUUUCGGGGAGAUAGCCCUUCUGCACAACAUCCCAAGGACGGCCACGGUGAAGGCAGUGACCGACGGCAAAGUGUGGGUUGUGGAGCAAACAUCCUUUUCUGGAAUAAGAAUGGUGGACAGGAUCCUGAACAAGAAGAUUGUUCUUGAGGGCUUAAGGGAGCACAGGGUCUUUCCACUGUUCAGGGACGAGGACUACGAGCGUGUUCUGAACUCGCUAAGUUUUGUGUAUUACAAGAAGGGGAGUAGAGUCGAAGUCAAGAGCUCUGAGUUCCUAAUGAGUUUGUUUGAUGGAGAAGUUGAUGACGGGGAGGUUAGGAAGAUCAAGGCCAAGGAGAUCAUCAGCAAGGGAUUUACGGCGGUGAGUGCGAUCCAGGGGGCACACAUAUCGAGAGAUCCCUGA